CCUAAGCGCCAGAGUACUACGUGGCACUUAAUCGGAACUUUGAUGCUACAGCUGUUCUUUUUCGUCGUAAUUGCGGCUCAUGCAUCCGUAGAGUUCUUCAACCUCGAUAUCUCAGCAAUAAUCUCGAAAUGUGCGAUCAUCCCGGUACCUUCUCAGUGAUGUUCUCCGACGUGACCGACGAGCUGGGUCGACUUUUCGAAGCCUUUACUCUCGAAUCUGACGAAGGCUUUCGAACUGACGCGAUCGUGGAUGACGCCUGUCACGAAGUCAAAGAUGAGACGUCAAGCGAAGACAGUGAUGGCCUUGAAACUUUCACUGAAUCUAACUACAAGUGGCAUCGGGAGUAUCCCAUAAAUGUUUUCGAGAGAAGGAUGUUCUUUCGAGUCAUUGACUCACAAAGUCCACACCCUGAAGGUGAUCGGGCAUCGGUUGCGAGAAUCUUUCCCAGCACCUCACUUACCAAUAUCGGGCGACAAAAGAUGACUGUGUUCUUGGACGACCACUCAAAGUUGCACAAUACUGUUGCCACUCCGUUCAUAUCCACCACACCCGACCUCUUGCGAGCAUUCGCUCUAGCCGGCCGUAAAGUCUGCGCUGCAAACAGAGGUGUGAGCAUCCUGGUAAUCGACUCUUGGCGGCUUAUCGAGGGCAGCUUUGUAAAAUGCAACGAUCUGCGGGAAGCAUGUGGCCUUGACUACGACCCGAAAUAUGAGACGGAGGUAUUAAUUUGGGAACAAAUUCCAAGUGCGGCUGUCAUUGCUGAAUGGACAUGGCCAUCCCUCGAAAGAAGCGGUAUCUUCCGUUGCUUGCCUUUUUUGCACAAAGACGGCAGGUAUAGCUCGGUAGAUAGUAUUCGCGGGAGAUGUUUCAGUCCAUUCGACGAUUUCCCAACUCAAAAGCUGGCGACAUCUCUGACCAAACUCGGAAUGUCUCCAUCCUGCCUGACCACCAGACAAAUAUAUAUGUUCCUUCUGGGCUCCAAAAUAGGCUAUCGCGUUACGCGCGAGUUCGACUCUAUCGACAAGCUCCUUAGUACCCGUUGCGCGGGCUCUCUCGAGGAGUUCGAUCGUGCGGCUCAUGAGAUUGCCCUGCGCAAAGGACGACGGGCCUUCAACCAGCUGUAUCGAGAUGGUACCUGGUCAAACAGAGUGUAUCCCUGGAUGUAUCCCCAUAUCAAGACCGAUCGACUGAGGCGCAAAGCUUUGGCAGACAGUCGCUGUCGCCUUGUUUGCCCAAACUUCAAAAGCUGGUGGUCGCAAAGGGCAGAGGCGGACUGUCAAUUUUGGGAAGCUUAUGCGCUGAUCGAUCAUGAUCAAUACGGGCUGAAAAAUUGGAUGUUGCGGCAAGAAACGUGACGUACACACGACUCCAUGUCCAAAGUAGCCAAGAAAGUUGAUGUUGGCGUUGUUAUGCUAGAAGUCCUCCACGAUAGGAUCUGCCUUAUCACGCCGUGUUUCGCUUGCCAGGACACUACCAUAGACAAAUCGUGGAUCACGUCAUGUUCCGGCGAAGGGUCGUUAAUCCAUCGUUAGGAUAAUGUCGCAAUAAGGUUUAGAGAAGCCUUUGUACCGCAGUACGUCUAAAGAAACAUCGUAUUGACAAGAAAGUUUGCGCUUACAGGCGUCCCCAAACUUCUGCCUCAAGCAAGUGGAUCGAGGACCCAAGUCAAGAACGUCGGCCGGAUCUUCCGUAUCUGUGCAUCAUGCACGGCUACUAAGAAUUUGCCGGAUUCGGUGUUGCCGCAUGGAGGCAACGCUUUUCAUUUCUGGACCUGACCAGAGUCUACCCGG